AUGGGCAUUCUCUUCGCGGCACUUGGUCUUCUUGCUGGGACGGCGUCCGCCUUGGACUAUACUGAGCCUUACCGUCCCCAGUACCAUUUCUCCCCGAGCAAGAAUUGGAUGAAUGACCCCAGCGGACUUUUAUAUCAUGAUGGGACAUAUCAUCUGUUUUUCCAAUAUAAUCCCGCAAGUGCAGUAUGGGGAAAUAUGUCAUGGGGCCAUGCGACAAGUAAAGACUUGACGCACUGGGACGAGCGUCCCGUUGCUCUGCUUGCACGCGGAUACCCCGACACAGUCACCGAGAUGUACUUCACUGGGAGUGCAGUCGCAGAUGUGAACAAUACAAGUGGCUUCGGAGUCGAUGGGAAGGUCCCAUUAGUCGCGAUGUAUACUUCCAUGUAUCCCAUUGAACAAGACCUACCUAGUGGCAAAAAUGUGCGUGAAGAACAACAAUCCCAAUCAAUUGCCUAUAGUCUGGACGAAGGCGAGACCUGGACAACAUAUGACGCCGAAAACCCCGUCAUUCAUAACCCACCAGCUGGGUAUGAAGAAGAAUUCAAGAAUUUCCGCGAUCCAUUCGUUUUCUGGCAUGACGACACCCAAAAAUGGAUCGCGGUCACUGCGUUGGCGUCAAUCCACAAACUCGCGAUCUGGAGUUCCGACAAUUUGAAACAGUGGUCUCUUCUCAGCGAAUUCGGUCCCUACAACGCUGUCGGUGGUGUAUGGGAGUGUCCUAAUCUCUUCCAACUCCCCGUCCAGGAUGAGCCUGCGACCAAGAAAUGGGUUAUGGUCUUGGGAUUGAACCCCGGUGGGCCACCUGGUACGGUCGGCUCGGGCACGCAGUACUUCAUUGGCGAUUUCGAUGGAACGACUUUCAAGGCCGAUGACAAUAGCGUGUAUCCAGGGAAUGGGACCUCCAAUUGGAUGGAUUGGGGUCCUGACUUCUAUGCUGCUGCCAGUUACAACGGACUUCCCAAGGGAGACGUUGUUCAAAUCGCUUGGAUGAACAACUGGCAAUACGGCGCCGAGAUCCCAACAGACCCCUGGCGCAGCGCUAUGUCGGUUCCCCGUCAGCUAUCUCUGAAGAAUAUCGAUGGAAAAAUCACUCUUCUCCAGCAGCCGCAAGACAGUUGGCAAAGCGUGGCCGACCGCAAGAGCUCGCACCAAUCCUGGGAGUCAGUUCCAGAAGGAUCAACUAGCCUUGAAUCCCCGGGCAAGGCAUUCAAGAUUGACCUUAGCUUUGAACAUCAUAAUUCCGAUGAUUCUCGAGCAUCUGCAUUUGCAAUCUCCGUGCGGGCAAAUUCUGCCUUCGACCAAGAGACUCUCAUCGGAUACAACUUCACAAGCAAGGAGGUGUUUGUAGAUCGACAAAGAUCAGGCGACGUCUCUUUUGACGACACUUUCGCAAGCUUGUACCACGCACCCCUGAAAGCUGGUGCGGAUGGACGUGUUACCUUGCAAGCCUUUGUUGAUUGGUCGAGUGUCGAGGUCUUGGGUGGUCAAGGGGAGGUCGCUUUGACAGCGCAGAUAUUCCCUGACCAAGAUGCGACUGAAGCGCGCCUUGUGUCGGUGGAUGGAGUGACUCAGGAUGUUAAGCUUGAGAUACAGGCGCUGGAUUCAGCGUGGCAUUAG